AUGAGAAUACAACAUAUCGCAACUUACUUCGCCCUCGCAAUCUCCAUAGCACACGCGGUAUCUGUCCCGAAUGGCAAAGUGGAAGUUCGCGAUGAUCAGGCUGUCAGCGUAAGGAGUUCGGAUGUUCUAGCUCCCGAGGACGCUCUAGAGAAGCGCAAAGGUGGUGGUGGCAAAGGUGGAGGAGGCAGCAGCAGCAGCGGAAGCAAAUCCGGCAGUAGCAGCUCCGGUAGCUCAGGCUCUUCGUCGUCAGGUCGCACAUCGUCAAGCUCCAAUGCUGGCGGUUCCACACGCGCAGGCUCCGGCCCUGCGCGCUCAUUCGGUGGUGGCGGCUUUUAUGGUGGAGGAGCAGCAACACCCUACAAGUCCGGCAGCAAGACACCAAAGGGUUUGCUCGCCGGUGCCCUCAUUGCGCCCGUACUCCUUGUCGGUCUCCUCCCGGGGCUCUGGCUCUACAGCGUCUACCCAUACUACUUCCACAACCCGUACCGUUUUGUCAACGAAUCCGCCCAUAAUGCGACGAACCCCAAUGGCACCAAUUCGUCGUUGCCCGUUACAUGUCUUUGCGAAGAGUACAGCGCGUGCGGUUGUGACGAAAAUGACAACCAGCAGUAUCUGAAGGAUCUGGUCGGCAACGGAAGCUACGACAGUCUGAACAAGUCUAUUAUUAAUGUCGCGGAUGUCAAUGGUACAACGACUUUGGUCCUGAACGGCACGCUACCGAAUGGAACGACUGCUCCUGGUGGCACCGACGAUGCGGGCAUCGCGCUUGGUGUUGGCAAAUAUGCAGGAUGGUAUGCGAUGGGUUUGACCGUCAUCUACUUCUGCAUGCUCGCAUAG